AUGUAACAAACUUCAAAAUAAUUAUUUGAAGAGCUUGACUAUUUUAAAAUCCCUGGGCCAGGAGCAUAUAAUUAUCCUAAAUAAUAAGGAUAAACUCCACGUUAUUCGUAACUAUUAAAUAUAUUUUAAGAUUUGGAAAGGAAAAGAAAUAUAUGGUCAUCAAAAAAGAUCACCUUUCAGAAUACUAUGACAUUGAUAAUAAUUUAAUAAAGCAUAAUAAAGCUAUAAGGUUCGAAUAUAAUUCAUUUAAUAAGGUUUUUAUCAGGUAGGAGAGACUCUAAUUCUAUAUAUUAUAAUCCUGGACCAGGAAGUUACGAUUUGUAAAAGUAUUUAGAUAAAUACACGGGUUAUACAUUUGGAAGGAAAUUGAAUGGAGAAAUUUCAAAACCUCAAUAAUUAAAAGAGUCUUAAAAAGUGCAUGUUUAUUUCUAAUGGUCAAAUAAAUAUUAAGAAGGAAAAUGGUUUGAGUAAAUACAGAAUUUUUAUUUAGGAAUGAUCCAUAAAAGUAGAAUAACUGUGAAAAACUUGUAUUAUUAAAGGCACAAUCUUCUAUGGAGGAAUUUUUUGGGAAAUAAUUUGGAUUAUGGGUUGAAUGCAUAAGAAAGUAAUUAAUAAUAUUUAUAUUUUAGUUAGUAAUGUGAAGUAUUUUUCAAAGGUUAAUAUGAUAAUGGUCAAAGGAUUGGAAGAUGGAAGUACUUUUGGAAAAAAAAUCUUAAUUCUCCUUAUGAGUUAAUGUAAUAUUUUUUGAAAAUUAUUAGUUGGGGAGGAUCAUAUGCUCAGGAGGAUGGAAAAUGGGUUGAGUUGAAUGAAGGUUUUAAUUAAGAUGAUAUUUUAAGGAGAUUGAAAAAUUUUAAUGAAAUGAAUAAACAAAAAAUGAAGGAAUUUACUUCAGAGUUUUCUAAAAUUUUAGAUAUCAUUUAAGAGCCUCCUGUAUUAGAGUAAUAAUAAGGAAUUUGGUCAUUUUCAGCUUCAAUUUGGUUUAAGGAUUUUCAGUUUGAAAAUGAAGAUUUCUUAUGGAAAUGCUUUGAGAAUGAUUGGAGCCAUAGCAAAAUAUCAAAUUUUGUAACAAAUUAGGAUGAACUUUAAGAAGUCAAAAAUGUAAUAUGGAAGGAUUAUAAAAUGAUCAAAGAAACAUUUAAAUGGUAUUCUUCUAAAUCACCAUCAGGAGAAGUUUGGUCAAUUUCUAAUAAUGUAAUUGCGGAUUUCGCAUUUGAAACAGGAUUGUUUGAUAACAAAUUUAAACUUUCAGAUUUGGAUCUUAAAUUUAUUGCAACUUGUGCUGCUUCAAUUGAAACUAAAAGAAAUCAUAGAAACCCUGAAAGAGCAUUGUGUAGAUAUUAAUUUAUGGAAUUCUUAGUGAGAGUCUCAAUUGAUAAAUAUUUAGAACAUAAAUUAGCGAAUAAUAUAGCUGAAUCUGUAUAAAUGCUUUUAGAUCAAUGUAGACCUAUCAUGUAAAAAUUCGAUGCAUAAAAGUGGAGAGAUGAAAAGUACUUUAAUAAAUAAUGUGAUGAUUGUUUAAAAUUUUACAAACCUAUGUUAUAUAGCGUGUAUUAAAAAUACUGCAUAAAAAAGGUCAAAUCAGGAUAAAAGAAAUAUAUAAACUUAGAAAAUUUGGGAAAAAUUUGGGCAAAAACGGCAACAAUCUACGAUUAAUUUGAACAAAAUUUGGUAAGAAAAUUAGACAUAAUAGGCAUUCAAUUUAUCAAUUCCUUCAUAAAUAGAUGAAAUAGAAAGUGAUAGGAUCUUCUAAAUGAAUUUCUAAGAAUUCAUGGAAGCUUUAGCAAGAAUGGCGGAUAAGGUUUCAUUGCCUGCUGCUCCAAAUAUAGAGGAGAGUGAAGAAUAACGUCAACACUAACCAUUGCAUAUCAAAUUAGAAAGAUUUCUUAUCAAAUUAGCAUAGACUUGUUCAUCUAAAGAACAUAAAUUACAAUUUGGAAAUAAUGAAAAAUGCUUGUUUAAAUUUGAACAUGAUAAUCAUUGA